UAAAUGUAGUUUCACGUCCGACGCUCUCGAAACUUCUUUCAAGUCAGAUAUUAUAGAACCGUCUAACUAUUCUUCUCCUUUUAUGAUAUCUUCAUGUGCGAUAGAUAUUACCGGUGAUUCCCAACUUCAUCAAAAUAUAACGAUACGCGCAAAGGCAGACAGAGAGAGAGAGAUCAAUUUUCAUCGCUUUCUCUCAUGUCUUACUCUAAGAGGUCAAGAUAUUCUCGCUCCCCUUCUCCUUACAAGGAAGAGAGCAGGUCCAUUUCAAGGUCAAGGAGCCGAUCGAGGAGCUUAUCUCGUGAUGUGGAAAAUCCUGGUAACAACUUAUAUGUAACAGGAUUGUCACCACGGAUCACUAAGAAAGAACUGGAGAAGCAUUUUGCAACUGAGGGAAAGGUGAUUGAUGUUCACCUUGUGGUUGAUCCUUGGACAAGAGAGUCUCGGGGAUUUGGGUUUGUAACAAUGGCAACCGUUGAGGAAGCUGAUCGCUGCAUCAAGUAUUUGGAUCGGUCUGUUCUGGAAGGUCGAGUUAUUACUGUGGAGAAGGCACGCAGGCGAAGAGGACGAACUCCUACUCCAGGAAAGUAUUUGGGACUGAGAACAAUACGCGUUCGCCGUCGAACACCUAGCUAUUCGCCUCGUCGUCGAUCUCCUAGCUACUCUCCUUACCGUAGGAGCCUUAGUCGGUCUCCUCGGUAUUCCUCUGAAAGAAGCAGGAGCAGAUCUUAUUCUCCAUAUCCAUACCGGAGCAGUAGGAGGUCUUAUUCUCCUUAUUAUAGUCGGAGGAGGUCCUACUCCCCUUAUUAUAGCCGGCACCGAUCCUAUUCUCGCUCGCAGUCACCUUACAACAGGUCCCCAGAUGAUCGCCACUAUAGGAGGCGCGACCGAUCCUACUCUCCAUAUGACUCCAGGUACAAUGACCGCUACUAUAGAAGGCGUGAUCGCUCUUACUCGCCAUACGAUUACAGGUAUGAUUCACCAGACAGAAGGCAUCGGUAUUCAGUUUCUCGAAGCCCUACACCACCUAGGAGGAGAAGCUAUUCACGUAGCAUCUCUCCGAAGAGAAGGACAAGCUCAAGGCGAAGCUAUUCACGCAGUCUCUCACCUAGACCAAGGACCUUGAGGAGGAGUUACUCCAGGAUCAUAUCCCCUCAACCAAGUAGGAGUGUUUCUCGAUCUCAUAAGAGGCAAGACUCACGUGAAAGUUACUCUAGAGGCUCUUCUUCCAGUAACCCCAGCGCAAGUUCUAGAUCCAUUUCAAGAUCUGUUAGCCCUUCAUCGUAAAAUCACUUUAAUUGUUGUCGACUCUUAUGGAUUGUGUGCCUAGAUAUUAUGUGUGUAUAUUAUGGAUUCAACGUUCGCAUUGUAGUGGCUCCCUCAUUGUCUCUCAUAAAUAACCGUCUUCUAGCACUGUUUCGAAUUUUUUAGGUGUUGGUCUUGGUUUUGUCUGGAUAAGUGAUGUUUGUUGUGUUAUUUGGAUAUUAUAAUUGUUAACUUAGUAGCUUUUCAUA